CACGCCCCCGCCGACGUCGCGGCGGUGACGCCAUCACGCCCGGCGGGUGUCGGGUGACCUUGAGCGGCCGCCCCGCAGCCCGCUCCCCGCCGCCAUGCCGCGAGGUGGCCGCAGCCGCACGUCCCGCGGGGCGCCCCCCGCCAGCCGGGCGCCACAAAUGAGAGCAGCUCCGCCGGCACCCGCCGCUCGGGCCCCUGUGCCGGCGGCAGCGCCGGCCUCCGCUGUGGGUGCUCCUGCGCCGAAGCAGCCUGGCCUGAUGGCGCAGAUGGCCACGACCGCGGCGGGAGUUGCUGUAGGCUCUGCCGUGGGCCACACCAUAGGCCACGCGCUUACAGGAGGGUUUGGUGGGGGAAGCAGCUCGGAAGCUGCGAGGCCUGAUAUCACUUAUCAGGAACCCCAAGCAGCUCAACCUGCCUACCAGCAGCAGCAGCAGCAGUUUGCUCCUUGCCAGUAUGAAAUGAAACAAUUCCUGGAGUGUGCGCAGAACCAGACUGACCUCAAACUGUGUGAGGGCUUCAGUGAAGUACUGAAGCAGUGCAGGUUUGCUAAUGGUUUAGCUUAAGCCUCCAGAACAAGGUUGCUGAAGACCAUCUUACAAGAACUGACCUAUGAAUGAAAAAGCUUCAGUGAUAGUCUAAAGCUGUCUGAUACCUUGUUAGUUUGUAUAUUCACACUGUUGUCCUUGUGGCUUGAUUUCUGCCAUAGCCUCUACAUGUGAUACAACUUAAACUGCAAACUAAUUUAGCACAAAAUGGAAAAAUUAAGAAUAAAGUGGAAUGAACUAAUGGGGGUCAACUGUUUUGUUGAUUGUUGUGUUGAAGUGAACCAAUAAAACUUCUCUCCAGAA